GUUUCAAAUUUCUAGUACUGAAGUCUUCGGAAAAACGAGUUGCAGCACAAGGUUUCUUGUCCUUUGUGUUUGUGCAUGAGCUUUCUCAGAACGUGUGAACCGUGAGCUCCUCAUUUGGAUGUACCUUCUUUGGCUCUUGACUGUCUUCUACCUUUAUUCUCUCUGGUGUUCUCUUUUGCUAAGCUGUCUGCGACAGGGAAAAACUGAAGCUUUUCCAGAGCCUCCUGCAAAGGUACGCAUCAUAAUUGUGCCAUCAAAAUUAAGUUGAAUUUGCCAUGGUGAAGAUGAUCAAGGUCCGGCCAGUUCUGGGCUUUCUCGUGAUCUUGUCAAUUCUUUGCAUCGGCCUCGCUGCUGCGUAUACUCCGGUAGACAACUACCUCAUCAGCUGCGGUUCAUCGGUCGACACGCCGGUUGGCCGGCGGCUGUUCGUCGCCGACAACUCCGGCACGGUCGUCCUGACAUCUCCCGAGACCACCGCGGUGAAGGCCUCGCCCAGCGCGGUGUCCGGCUUGGGAGACACCGACGCCGCCAUGUACCAGAGCGCCAGGGUUUUCACGGCGCCGUCGUCCUACUCGUUCAGGAUCAGGGACCCCGGCCGCCACUUCGUCCGCCUCCACUUCUUCCCCUUCGUGUACCGCGGCUACGACCUCGCCACGGCGAGCUUCAAGGUGUCGACGCAGGACGCCGUCCUGAUCGACGGCUUCUCGCCGGCGGCGAGGGCCAACGCGUCGACGGCGCCGGCGUGCGAGGAGUUCCUGCUGGACGUGGCGCGCGACACGCUCGUCGUCACGUUCGUGCCGCUCGCCGGCAGGCUCGCGUUCGUCAACGCCGUCGAGGUCGUCUCGGUCCCGGACAACCUCGUCGGUGGUGCUGACUCAUCGCAGUCAAUUGGCCAGCAGCUCAACCCUGCCGUGAUGCCACUGCAAACGGUGUAUCGAGUCAAUGUGGGCGGCCCCGCGGUGGGGGCCGACAGCGACACGCUCUGGCGAGAAUGGACCAUCGAUCAACCAUUCUUGAUCGCCACUGUUACCACUGCAGAGACAAAAAUGGUUGCUUACAAUGGAACGCUAAACUACCUGCCUGGGCAAGCGACGCCGGACGACGCGCCGGCCAUCGUCUACGCCACCGGCCGGGAGCUGAUCAUGAACGAUUCGUUCGACGGCAUGAAGCAAAUGGCGUGGCAGUUCGACGUCGACAGGUCAGCGAGCUAUCUGAUCAGGUUCCACUUCUGCGACAUCGUGAGCAAAGCGCCUGGCGUGCUCCGCAUGAACGCUUAUGUCGACAGCUCCUCCUCCUCGGCGAUUACAGAUCUCGACCUCUCCGCCAUUGGCAAUGGCGUGCUGGCCUUCCCGUACUACAGGGACUACGUGCUGGUUACUAGCUCCACAUCCGGCAAGCUCGCCGUCUACAUUGGGCCGUCGUCGAAGAAGAUCACGACACCUGCCGCCAUUCUCAAUGGGCUUGAGAUCAUGAGAAUACUCGCGAGCGCAGGCUCCGUCGUCGUCGUCGAGCCAGCGGCGACGGAGACGAAGAAGAAGAAUUUGGCCGUCGUUCUUGGCUCGGUCUGUGGAGCCUUCGCUUUCGUUUCCAUUGCCGCUGCUCUUGUCAUUCUCCUGAGGAAGAAAGAGGAGAAGGAGGAGCUGCGGACGCCGUCGACGAACCAGCCGUCGACCGCAUGGAUGCCGCUCCUGGGCCGCAUCAGCUUUCGCAGCGCCACGCCGAGCGCCACCGGAUCUAUGUCGCCCAGCUUCACCGUCGACGCCAACACUCCGGGAGGUGCCACUCCGGCCAGCACGGCGGCCUCAUCGUCCCGGAGCUACCGUUUCCCGUUCGCCGCGCUGCAGGACGCGACGCGAAACUUCGACGAGGCCCUGGUCAUCGGCGAGGGCGGGUUCGGGAAGGUGUACGCUGCCGUGCUCCAGGACGGCACCAAGGUCGCCGUGAAGCGCGCCAACCCGGAGUCGCGGCAGGGCGCGCGGGAGUUCCGCACGGAGAUCGAGAUGCUCUCCGGCCUCCGCCACCGCCACCUGGUGUCCCUCAUCGGCUACUGCGACGAGCAGGAGGAGAUGAUCCUGCUGUACGAGUACAUGGAGCACGGCUCGCUGCGGAGCCGCCUGUACGGCGGCGGCGCCGCGGCGCAGGAGCUCAGCUGGGCGCAGCGGCUGGAGGCCUGCGCCGGCGCGGCGAGGGGGCUCCUCUACCUGCACACGGCCGCCGCCAAGCCGGUGAUCCACCGCGACGUCAAGUCGUCCAACAUCUUGCUCGACGCCGGCCUCACGGCCAAGGUCGCCGACUUCGGGCUCUCCAAGGCCGGACCGGACAUCGACGAGACGCACGUCAGCACGGCGGUGAAGGGCAGCUUCGGCUACGUCGACCCCGAUUACGUCCGCACGAGGAAGCUCACCGCCAAGUCCGACGUCUACUCCUUCGGCGUCGUGCUGCUCGAGGCGCUGUGCGCGCGCCCGGUCGUCGACCCGAGGCUACCCAAGCCGAUGGUGAACCUCGUCGAGUGGGGGCUGCACUGGCAGGGGAGGGACGAGCUGGAGAAGAUCGUCGACAGGCGCAUCGCCGGGACGGUCAGGUCCGCGGCGCUGCGGAAGUACGGCGAGACGGCGGCCAGGUGCCUCGCCGACCGCGCCGCUGACCGGCCGUCGAUGGAGGACGUCGUGUGGAACCUGCAGUUCGUGGCGCGGCUGCAGGAGGUGGACGGGCUGGACGUCUCCGACGUAAGCAGCCUCAACAUGGUUCAUCAGCUGACGCCGCCGUCGCACGCUCGCCAGAGAAGCGCCGGCGGAAGCGUCACCGGCGGGGGAGACGAGGAGGAAGGAAGCAGCGUGCUAGAUGAUGAUUACACCGAUGCAUCCAUGAGAGGUAUCUUCUGGCAGAUGGUAAAUGUGCGCGGGAGAUGAGACUAACUGAUCAGUUCAAAAAAAUCACCUUCUCCAGUCUUCGGUCAGCAGAACUGCAGAACAAAAGUAGUUAAAUUUAGUCGCCAGAACAUAUUCCAUUAUUUUGGAAAUGCAGCAGCAUUUCAGUAGAAAUCAUGUACAACAGGGUUCUAACAUACUGGGAAUGAACGACACAUUCACGGCGUAAACAACUUAUAUUUCAGGUGAAAAAAACAAUUUAAAUUUCAGGACAAACACUCUAGAGUCCAAAGGAAGCAGGGUAUUGGAAAGG